GGCCCGGGCCUGGGUCCACAACUGGUGGCGGGCGCUGGGAAGACGAUCCACCUCCGUGUGGUCUGCCCCGCCCCGGGGCCGCAGCCCGUUCCCUGCGCUCACUGCCCCCGCCUUCCCGGCUUCCGUCCCGUUCUGCGCAGGCGCCGCUCCGUCCCGGUACCAGCGGUGCUUCCGGGGUCGGCGGCGGCUGGGGUCGGCGCCUGCUGGUCUCUGUGCCGGGGUCCGAGCCCCACGAAGCCCCGACCCGAGCUGCCGGAUGCCUGCGCGCAGCGGGGCCCAGUUUUCCCGAAGGAUGGGGAAAAAAAAGCAGCGACUAGCCAAAGCAGAGCAGCCACACAGCCCGUCUGACACAGCCCAGGCACCUUGCCCCAAGGAGCCCUGUUUGGGACCACCCACCACCCUGGGCCCAUACCGCAGCAUCUAUUUCUCAAGCCCGAAGGGCCACCUUACCCGACUGGGAUUGGAGUUUUUCGACCAGCCAGCAGUCCCCCUGGCCCGGGCAUUUCUGGGACAGGUCCUAGUCCGGCGACUUCCUAAUGGCACAGAACUCCGAGGCCGCAUCGUGGAGACUGAGGCAUACCUGGGGCCAGAGGAUGAAGCUGCCCACUCAAGGGGUGGCCGGCAGACCCCCCGCAACCGAGGCAUGUUUAUGAAGCCGGGGACACUGUACGUGUACCUCAUUUAUGGCAUGUACUUCUGCAUGAACAUCUCCAGCCAGGGGGACGGGGCUUGCGUCUUGCUGCGAGCACUGGAGCCCCUGGAAGGUCUGGAGACCAUGCGUCAGCUUCGCAGCACCCUCCGGAAAGGCACCGCCAGCCGUGUCCUCAAGGACCGUGAGCUCUGCAGUGGCCCCUCCAAGCUGUGCCAGGCCCUGGCCAUCAACAAGAGCUUUGACCAGAGGGACCUGGCACAGGAUGAAGCUAUAUGGCUGGAGCGUGGUCCCUUGGAGCCCAGUGAGCCAGCUGUAGUGACAGCAGCCCGGGUGGGCGUUGGCUCUGCAGGGGAGUGGGCCCGGAAACCCCUCCGCUUCUACGUCCGGGGCAGCCCCUGGGUCAGUGUGGUCGACAGAGUGGCUGAGCAGGACACACAGGCCUGAGCAAAGGGUCCGCCCAGACAAUAUUUUUUAAUUGUUUAAAAAACAAAUAAAUGUUUUAUUUCUAGAAAA